GACUACUCGCAGAACAGGUGUUCAGGACCCAACUGCCGACAGUGCCUCGCGGAGCAUGCCUCGUGUGAGGGGCAGUCUGACGGACUCAUGUACUGGCCAGGUCGUGAGGGCACGGGAUUCUGGGUAGAGUGUCGUAGCGAGCGCACGGUAAUGCAGGGACAAUGUGGACGUGCUGAUGACGGCUCUUACAAGAUCUUCUCGGCACAGUACUCGCGGUGUGCGGCAUACAGUGAGAUAGUCAGCGAGAUCUGCCAAUGGACUGGCGGACUUAUCCCCCACGAGAAAGACUGUCAUCGCUACUACGACUGUUCUUUCCACGACCCCGCCAUGCCACAAGGAAGCCCAUUGGCCUAUCUGGUCACGUGCCCCUACCCACAGCUGUUCUCUGUGCACAGCCGGAAGUGUGAGGAUUACAAGCUGGUCAGCUGUGGGCCCAGGACGGAGGUCAAGACUCCGUGUGAGUGGAUG